CUAUCCUACCGUACAGCAACAGCAAGACCGAGACAUCAACACAAUAUUACUUCCAGAACUACCAACGAUACAAACAGGAUACAGAGUCUUCGAGGAGCCUGAUUAUUUAUCGUCGUUCGCUACGGUCUCGAGCUCACUGACCUUCCUCAUCUCUGCCCGUAUUUGAGGGCGUUAUCGCGCAUAUCCAACCUCGAACGCAGCCCUCGUGAUGGCUUCCCGAAAGAAGGUUCUCCUCAAGGUCAUUAUCCUUGGGGACAGCGGCGUGGGCAAGACGAGUUUGAUGAAUCAAUAUGUCAACAAGAAGUUCAGUGCUAGCUACAAGGCCACGAUCGGUGCAGAUUUCCUGACCAAGGAGGUCCUGGUAGACGACCGUUUAGUGACGAUGCAGCUUUGGGAUACCGCAGGACAAGAGAGAUUCCAGUCAUUAGGUGUGGCGUUCUACAGAGGAGCCGACUGUUGCGUGUUGGUCUAUGAUGUCAACAAUUCAAAGAGUUUCGAUACCCUCGAUAGCUGGAGGGACGAGUUCUUGAUUCAAGCUUCGCCAAGAGAUCCAGACAGCUUCCCAUUUGUGGUACUGGGCAACAAGAUUGAUGUGGAGGAGAACAAAAGGGUGAUAUCUUCGAAGAGAGCUAUGACCUUCUGCCAAUCCAAGGGAGGCAUUCCAUAUUUUGAAACCAGUGCAAAGGAAGCUAUCAAUGUGGAACAGGCGUUCGAGGUAAUCGCUAGAAAUGCUCUCGCCCAAGAAGAAUCCGAAGAGUUCAGUGGAGACUUCUCAGACCCGAUCAACAUUCACAUCGAGAACGAUAGAGAUGGGUGCGCAUGCUAGAUCCAAGAGAGGUUACAGAUUCGAUUUCUCGGAGCGAGCUAUAUCCCUCUGUCCUUUCUAUACCCUGGGUCAUCUCGCAUCGUUUGGAUGGCCAAAGGUGCGUACACGUGUACAUAAGGAUUCUUUUUAUGGCGCUUUGGUGUCUGCUUCUCCUUGUUGAUACAGAAUGCAUAAUUUCAUCAUCGGUACACACUGAGGUAUUCUUUUCCGUGCGCCGUACUGAACUCGAUGGUAUGUCUAUGUGAUCCCAAGACUCUUGACAGUCAUGUUGUUGCAUCUACAAAUACCAUUAGAUCAUUCCAGGAUCAUCCAC